CCGCGCGGCACGGGUCUUUUUAAAGACUCCGUGCUCUACUUCUUCCUCUGCUUCUCAUUCCUACUGUGUGAAAACGAGUUUUCUGACACUACAAAAUCAGUUGGGAUUUCCGGCCAACUUUCCGGCGAAGUUCCUGAAUUUUCCGACAAUCUCAGUAAUGGAGAACAUUAGAUCUCCAUUAAAGGGUGUUGCGGAAGAUGUUAGAGGAAGAUUAUCUUGCUAUAAGCAAGACUGGAUUGGUGGCAUUCGUUCUGGGUUCGGGAUGUUGGCUCCAACUGCAUAUAUCUUCUUUGCUUCUGCUCUUCCUGUUAUUGCCUUUGGGGAGCAGCUGAGUAGAGAUACAGAUGGAAGUUUGAGUACAGUAGAAACUUUAGCUUCUACGGCUAUAUGUGGCAUCAUACACUCAAUACUCGGUGGACAACCUCUUUUAAUAUUAGGAGUUGCAGAACCCACUGUCAUCAUGUACACAUAUUUGUACAACUUUGCUAAAGGAAGGAAUGACUUGGGACGGGAAUUGUUCUUGGCAUGGGCUGGAUGGGUUUGUGUGUGGACAGCUCUGAUGUUGUUCCUUCUUGCGAUAUUCAAUGCUUGCACUGUCAUCAAUAGAUUUACAAGGAUUGCAGGGGAACUAUUUGGCAUGUUGAUUGCUGUUCUUUUCAUGCAAGAGGCUAUCAAGGGAUUGGUGAGUGAGUUUAAAACUCCUAAAUCCGAAGACCCAACAUUAGAGAAGUAUCAAUUCCAGUGGCUUUACACAAAUGGACUAUUGGGAAUCAUAUUUUGUUUUGGCCUUCUCUACACUGCCUUGAGGAGUAGAAGGGCAAGGUCAUGGAAAUAUGCCACAGGGUGGCUUAGAGGUUUCAUCGCAGACUAUGGAGUUCCUCUCAUGGUCGUGGCAUGGACAGUGCUGUCUUUUAGUGUACCAAGCAAAGUUCCAUCUGGAGUUCCCAGAAGGCUCUUUAGCCCUCUCCCUUGGGAAUCUGCAUCUUUGCACCAUUGGACUGUUAUCAAGGAUAUGGCAAAAGUUCCUACCACUUACAUCUUUGCUGCCAUUAUUCCAGCUGUCAUGAUAGCGGGGCUUUACUUCUUCGACCACAGCGUUGCUUCACAGAUGGCACAACAAAAGGAGUUCAAUCUCAAGAAACCUUCUGCUUACCAUUAUGACAUCUUGUUGCUGGGAUUCAUGACUUUGCUUUGUGGACUGAUUGGACUUCCUCCUUCAAAUGGGGUCCUGCCACAGUCUCCUAUGCACACCAAGAGCCUUGCUGUUCUCAAACAACAGUUGAUUCGGAAGAAGAUGGUUCAAAGUGCCAAGGAAAGCAUCGAACAGCAGGCUAGCAACUCUGAAAUCUAUGGCAAGAUGCAAGCUGUGUUCAUAGAAAUGGACAGCUCUCCAAUUACUACUGUAGUUAAAGAGCUGGAAGACUUGAAAGAGGCAGUUAUGGAAAGCAAAAACAAAGGAGUGAAUGAAAAGGGUACUUUUGAUCCUGAGAAGCACAUUGAUGCCUAUUUGCCUGUCCGUGUUAAUGAGCAGAGAGUGAGCAAUCUUUUACAGUCACUCCUCGUGGCUGCUUCAGUUUGCGCUAUGCCCCUAAUAAAGAAAAUUCCUACUUCGGUUCUUUGGGGAUAUUUUGCUUACAUGGCCAUCGACAGCCUACCCGGAAACCAAUUCUGGGAAAGGAUUUUACUUCUCUUUAUUACUCCAAAGCGACGAUACAAGGUCCUGGAAGGGGUUCAUGCUUCAUUUGUGGAAUCAGUACCAUUCAGGAACAUAGUCAUAUUCACUCUCUUUCAGUUAGUAUAUUUUUUGCUAUGCUUUGGAGUGACAUGGAUACCAAUAGCUGGCAUACUCUUCCUUCCCGUGCCAUUCUUCCUUCUCAUAAGCAUAAGACAACACAUUCUCCCCAAGCUGUUUAAUACAAAUCACUUGCGGGAAUUGGAUGCAGCUGAGUAUGAGGAAAUUGCUGGCGCCCCACAACCUUCUCCCAACCUUUCUUUCAAGGAAAAGGAAAUGCCUUGUCUUGGAAAUGAGGAACGUGAAGUGGAAAUUUGUGAUGCGGAGAUAUUAGAUGAGCUGACAACAAGAAGAGGAGAGUUGAGGCUCAGAACUGUAAGCUUUAAGCAAGACAAACAUGGACAGUUUUCCAGAACUGGACACGUUUCUAACAAUUGGAGGACACACGUGUGUGCCACGGAAAAGGAAAUGGCUCGUCUUGGAAAUGAGGAAUGUGAAGUGGAAAUUUGUGAUGCGGAGAUAUUAGAUGAGCUGACAACAAGAAGAGGAGAGUUGAGGCUCAGAACUGUAAGCUUUAAGGAAGACAAACAUGGACAGGUUCAUCCUGAAGAUUGAGGCUAUUAUGGAAAUAGAUUUGGCACGAUUAGAAUGGAAUGUUGACAAUUUGAUGAUGACAACAACAAUUAUAUAACCUACUUUUGUUUUGACAAAAAAAUCUGUCUACCGGGUGUAAUCUUUUGCUUGGUUCAUUGUUAAUGAGAAUAGGAUAGAGGGGAAGUGUAAAUUCAAAGAGAAAAACUGGAGAGGAAUGCAAGAGAAAGGCUGCUAAUUAAGAACAAGUCAAUGGGGGUUGAUUUAUGGGUAAAGAGGUUUAUCCAUAAUUGUGCAAUGCAAAUUAGCCUUAAAAAAGACCACAAAUAUGGGACAAAUUCUCAGCAUGUACAGUGUCAUCUCCAAAAGAUUUAUUAAUGAAAUACAUGAUAGAUAUAUGUCUUGCUAUCAAAUAUUGAUGGAA